UUAGUCACUCUCAUGCUGAUUCCUACACACACCACAAAGUAGAUCCCAGAGCGCAGGCGAAACUUCACAAAAGCAGAUACGCUUAUUGUCAUCAGACAAGUAGUCGAUCAAGAUAGCAUGUUUUUCUUGAACUGCCCGAUCCAUCUCAUGCACCAAAUUACGCAUAACGUUUCGGGUGCUCCCUAUUGGCAGCUUCGUUAGAUGAAAAAGUUUUCGUUCCGCUUCCAAUAAUCUAUCGCCCUCAGAUACGAAAAUAGAAUCGCGUUGCUUCGCUAUAGCGGAAGCCAUGCACACGGCUGCGUGAGCUACUCUUGGCCCUCCUUCAUCACGGAACUGCGAGUCCAACAAAGCCAGUUCUAACAAAUACUGCGCAAAACGAAUUUGUUCAUCAUCGCAACACAACUCAGCCAGCAUAUAAUGAGCAAAGAGGAAAGGAGUAGGAAAACAUAAUCCAUCCUUCAUCUCGUAAACAAUACGCUUUUCAAUAUCACACAAACGCGCCUUGCUUGCAGUGGUACCAAGCAGUGUACCCACGGUACCUGGUCGGAGCGAUUCGUAUUCCUCCAUUUUCGUUCCAAGAACCAUCGAAACUGCACAAACAUCGACCAGAGAAUUUUUCGCAAUAUGAAAAGAAUCCAGGCAUUUGUCGAGUAUGUAAAUACCAAGAUGAAUUGCCUCUUGCAAUUUGUAACAACAGUCGGCAAUAAAGAAUCUUCAUCCGACGAAUUUGUGGUGGAGCCGUUUUCACUUUGUGAGAAAAAAUCACUUCCGUGACCGCUGCUGCUUUGUGUAAAACAUUUAACUUCUUUCGCUUGGGGCGAUAAUUCCUCCAAAGAAUUUGAACAUGAAUUAUUUUCGCUCUGCGAGAAAAACCCACUGACAGCACCAUCGCUGUUUUGCGAAUAUGAUAAAACAUGUCCUGCACUAAUGUAAGACUCGUCAUCUGUAUCUGCAUAGGCUGCUGGGGGUAAAGAGAAAAUGGGUGAGCCCUCUAAUGGGCUUCCAGUUGACAGCACAGUUAAGCAAUCAUCAGGCGAGUAUGGGAAAUGAUCCGCAGGAUAUGAUCCAAGAGAACUGUUACUGCUCAACAAGGAGCUAUCCACGGAGUCAGCCGCACCACGUUGAGGGAGGGACGGGGUUGAUAUAAUCGGACUUCCAGCCACCAAUGGCAUGCGUGCAGGAUAUAGCGGUUCAGUUUUGAGAACUGGGACAGCAUUACAUUGCCGUAGUUUCUUCGUUUCACUGUGGUAG